AUGGGAUCAUCUUGUUGUGCUUAACAAGUGGCCGAAGAGCAGGAUCAUGAACUAGAGAAUAAAUACAAGUACGAUCCACACAAAUAACCAGCUAAAGGAGCAUUUAAGAAAUAAAAUGAAGAUAAAAAAAUUGUCAAGUUUCCAACCAGAGUACGAUAAGAAGAUGAUGAAAAAAAUAAGGGUGAAGAAGAAAGUCCUAUUGGUAAUCCAUUAAUUGAAGAAAAUGUUAUUGCACCAGAUGCUAAAUCUCAUAAGUCAUAACACACUUAGAAAUCUCACUAAACCAAUAAAAGAGGAUUAUUUAGCAAGUAGGUAAGUUAAUUUGUAAAAUGCGAAGAUGAUUGA